AUGUCAUCAGAUACGGUGCAGUCAUAUCGCACACCAGUCAGAGAUGAAGAAGCAGAAUCUCAAAGGAAGGCCAGGUCUCGCCAGGCCAGGCAGACACGCAGAUCAACACAGGUAAACCUGUACAGUACUUGUGCCAUCAUAAGACCUAUUAAGUCCUCGUUGGGGGUGACUCUGGCCGAAUUGAAGGCGGCUCAGAUGACCUCCAGCCUGUCACCUCUGGAUAGACAGACAGAGAUUGGUGGCAGUUUGUCUGAGAAGCUGUAUUUGAGGAGAGGGGCUCCAGAAAACAGAGAAGGCCUGCUUAGCCUGGCUCUGCCAAAGCAGUCAGAGGAGCAACAUCCAACAUGGAGCUGGGACAUCAGUGAGCUGAGGAACCAUGGAGCAGGACUGGAGGCCCAGACAGAGUCUCCUACAGAAGACCUCAUGUCUCCUUCUGCCAGUGCUUCCACUACGUCUCCACAUCCCUCCAACCUCACUAACCGCUUCUCCCCCAGAGAUAAUGAACGGAGAGAUGAAAACUUUAAUCCCAUUGAAGACUCCUGCAAACCUCUCCUCGCAACACAAGCUCCACACUGCCUUCACGUGGUUGGUUCUGUUUACAACACUGCAGAGCCCCCAGUUCUGGCUGCCUGCUCACAACCCCCUCCCCCCCACUACCCAUUCUUAUCCUCGUCCACAUCAGUGGACAGCUUUAGCCCUGAGCCCCAGAGCCCAGAGUGGAGGCCGUACACAGCAGAGCCUCUGGCACUGUGCCAGACAGCACUGCCAGAGCUUGAGUGA